AUGGCUGUUGUUGCGCUGGUGACGAGCGGCGACAGGAGGAUCUAUGCGCUUCCUGGGCAGUUGGCUGAUGUGGAGAGGGUUUAUGGGGGUGAAUAUGGGGACGAAGAGGAUCAGGAUGACGUUCCAAGCUCCAUGCGACUACCUAACGAACUGCUACAGCAGAUAUACAGCUAUUUGUCUCCUGUGGACUUUGACUCGGCGAGACACUCAUGUCGAACAUGGUAUCUGGCAUCCUUGGACCGCGAGCUGCUUACCAACAUGUUGAAGCAGGGAGGAUGGUGGAGCAGUCGCGAGGACGUCAUGAGCAAGUGGAUUGCAAGAGAGUGUAACCUCUUAAGCCCGCAAAAGUCUGCCUUUGUGGAAGUCGGCCAUACGGACUUUAGCGCCAUAGUGCCCGGAUCGGUUCCGGGAGACUUGCAGGGGGCAAUGAGCUUCACUGUGAGCUUGUGCGGGAAGUUCUUGAUGGCUGCGCAUGGCCGGGUUGUCUACAUAUAUGAGCUGAAUCAUGGGAUGCCGUUGGGGCUCUUGAGGCCGGUGACGAAGGUUUUGUGUCCGAGGAGAGUUAUUUCGUGCAGUAUGGAUACUUCGGCGGAGAGACAUUCGGUGGCAUUUCUGAUGGAGGGUCGGGUUGGUAUGGUGUGUGAUAUCACGACUGAGAGAACAGGCACGUCGAGUCUUGCGUCGACACCUCAGUCAACUGAACCUCCUGUGAUUAAAUCUGGAUCCGCAUCCGGAUCGGGCGUAUCUUCUGCAUCGGCAUUGUUGGCAUCUUCAAGUCAAUGUGCUUGUCAUGACCAUUUGCCAAGUCUUCCGAUGCCCCCAGAAGAAGGUCCAAGAUCGGUGUAUCGCAAUAUCUGCCAUCCGGAUGAUCCUCCACGGUCGGUGGCCAUCUGUCCUCAAAGGAAAUGUGUGGCCUUUGGAUGUUCUGCUGGGAUUGAACUACACUGGGUUGAUGCAUUGACUGGUCAAGAUCUCAGCAGAUGGUUCCCACUCACGUCUCCGAGUGACUUUCUCUAUUUCCUACCACCGCGAAGGGGAGUGGACACGCCGCGGAAGUUGAGGCUGAUUAGCUCGGCUGCUGGAUCGGGGAGCACAGCGGUAGUGUCUUGCUUUGACGCUGAGCCCUGGUACAUGAGGCAUGGCCGUGGCAUUUCUGUGGAAGCUGGAGGACCAAGUCGAGAUGUCGAUGUUGAUAACGAUGAAAGUCUGCUUAGUCGAAAUGUGCCGCGAGACAGUCCUUUGCGAAGGCUUGUUGCUGCCAGCGCAGAUCAUUUCCGGGCAGUGCCGCUGAGUGACGGCUAUCAUAUCCUGUUUACAGAUCCUCGCACCGGAUGCCUUUGCCUGGGGACGGAUGCUCCUGUGGGCUCACUUACUCGAUUACUUCGCAAGGUCUGGUUUCGUCCUCCUUCACAGGCGUACUCGCCCAUGCCCCUAUUGUAUGUUGCUGGAUCUGAUACAAGGCAUGGCGUUCGUGUUGUCGCGACUUUUGCUGCCAGGCCGCAACUUGACGGUGUUCCGUUGGAUGAGCGCACGUUCUCUUCUGAUACAGGUGCCACGGAAGAUCCUAACCAGCAGCUUAUUGUGUUUUACACAGUGCCUCCGGAUGUAUUCCACGAUAUACGCCGGGCCGAUGCUGAGGCUAGAUCGGCCGGAUAUAGGCCCCCUGAAAGUCGCAGAGUUGGACAUCAUGAGCCAACAUACGGUCACUUUAAUCUGGUGAGCGAUCCCUUUGGACAAGAUUUGCAUUACCCAGUCGAGGUAUAUGGGCAAGUAGUAGCUACGUGCGGGAAUCUCACAGAAAUUGCAUUGAACUCGUCUCCGGACUUGAUCAUCUGGGCCUUUGCUGCUGAAGGGUGGGCAAAGACCUGGGCAUUGAACACUGGGAAAAAUGAGCCAAUCAUCAAUUCUACUGCCCAUAGAGAUGGGAGUGUUCGACAGUAUGAUCCCGAUGGCGAUGUCGUCAUGGCUGGACCUGCGCCUCCAGAGACACCUUCGGAACUCAGUUCGUUGGACUUUAAUCUCUUUGAUGGCUCCCCCAUAAGCAGCUCGGACCGAGAGCCAACAGUUCUAGGGCCGCAUUCUCACGGUAGGCGAUGCCACAUGCUGGGAGAAAUUUGGGAUAUGCAAGGGGGUGAGGCUGAUGCUCUGAGGAUUGACCUGGUAGAGGAGAUAGGAAGCAUUACAAGAGUGGACAUUGAGCUUUUGUCUUAA